AUGGACGAAUAUACCGUUCGAUCUACACCAAGGACGAAGAUUUCACUUGAUAACAUUUCCCAAGAUAAAGAUAAUAUAAAGCAACCACCGGUAAACAAUAAAGCAGAAAAAUGGAAUCGCUUUCAAGAGUUGAAAAGACGACGGGAAGAAAUUGAAACCAAAUCCAAUAAAAAAGCAAAAAAACCGAAUAAUUCCAUUAUAAUAAAUCAAACGGAUAAAGCAUCAGAACAUUCAGCUCAAGAUAAUCCUAAACCAAAGAAGCAAAGAACAAAAACGACGUUCGAUAUAACUGACCCUUCAACAUUGCCCAAAAGUAUAGCAAAAUAUAUGCAUAUGAAUGAACAUUUGAAGGGAGUUGAUCAUGGUCAUUUGUCAGCAAAGAAUGAACUAGAAAAGGAACUUGAUAAGGCUGUUGACAACGGUGAUUUAGAAUUAGCGUCAAUGUUAAGUGAUCAACUCGCGCAAGAUAAAUAUGAAACGGCGGUUCUCGAAGCGAUAGAACGAAAAGAAUUUGAUGAAACGAAAAAGAGGGAAGAAGAAAAAAGGGAUAAUAAGAAAAAGCCCAAGUUAAUUUGGGGAACUUCUGAAGGAACGUCAUUAACGUAUAACGUUGCCGCUCAUGAGAGAGCUUGCUUUUAUGUAUGGGCCGAUAAACCCGGCGAAAAGGUCUCUUUUUAUUUCGCGGUCCAAAGUGGUGGAUCUUUUGACAUUGAUUAUUUGGUAACAGACCCACGUAAUAAAAUGAUAUUAAGCGGAGAACGAGAAAGACAAGGAGAUUACGUCUUUACGGCAAAUUUUGUUGGGGAGUACUCAUUUUGUUUUGCCAAUGAUAUGUCAACAUUUGCAGAAAAACUUGUUGACUUUGAGAUUUCCAUUGAAAAUGAACCGAGAGCAGAAUUACCACCGUCAAAAGGUAUUCAACCCGAACACACAAGCAGUAUGGAAGAAAGUUGUUUAAGACUUGGUAGUAGGUUAAGCGCUAUUUCUAGGACUCAAAAGUAUUUUAGAACAAGAGAAAAUAGAAAUUUUUCGACGGUUAAAAGUACUGAAAAUAGAAUUUUCUGGUUCGCUUUAUUGGAAAGUAUGUUAAUCGUUGGAAUGGCUGCUAUUCAAGUUUUCGUGGUGAAAACCUUCUUCAAUACUACCAAGAGAGGUCAUGUAUGA